AAUUCGUUUCUCUCUGUAGUUAUUCUGCUGUGCUCUUGGUCAAGUUGAUUACGGGAAGAGAUUUCCUACGAAGAAAACGGAGCUUAAAGCCGGUUCUAACAAAAUUGUUUAGCGUUAAAUUUACGGAAUAUUUGACUAAAGAAUCAUGUAUCGUUUGGCCUUGAGGGAGCCUUGCAAAAGUGCUCUGCAGAGAACUCUGCAACAUCAAACUCGCAGACAGUAUAGCAACAGCAAUGGCUUACCACCAAAUGUUCGCGAGGCCGGCUUGGGUAAAGUUAUUGUAUUAUUGACACCAGUUGCUAUUGUUGGCGGUGCGAUAUCAUAUGCGAAAUACGACAAAGAAUUUCGAAAAACGCUCGAACAAAAUGUUCCCGGUGCGGAAUCGCUUAUAAAAGUCGCUUUACAAGAAGAAAAUCCUUUCAAAGGUAUUAACGAUCAAAUCGAUAGUGUUAAAAAACAGUUUGACGGAGUAUCCAAGACAAUAACAAAUGCCACCUCAACUGUGACUGGUUUGUUCGGUGGGUCGGAUAAGGAGAAAGAGCAACCUAAAAAAGUAGACGAAGUUAAAUCUAAAGCUGUUCCCGUUCAGAAAGCUGUGCCUGCCACAACUGCUACCAAAGCUCCCGAGACAAAACCUGCAGCAAAAGUUAGUGAACCAACUCCCAAACCUGCCCCUAAACCUGUUGAACCCUUGCCCUCUGAUGUAUUAGAAUUGCAACAUGCUGUGGAAGUUGCCGCUUCUGUGGCUGUACAAGAAUACAACAAGGCCAUUGAUAUUUUGAAAAACUUUAAUAAUGAUGUACGACGCAUUGUUGAUCAUGCUGUUGAAAAUGUUGAUGCCUCAACAUGGACAACUUUAAAGAACAAGACAAGUGCUCGAGAUUCUUCUGUGUCUACAGCAGAAAAAUUAGCUCGUGAAGCUUUAGAAAAAAUUGAAAGAUGUGAAAUUGCUUUGGCAAAGGCUGCAAAACCUGAAAACCAUGAGCAAAUAUUGGCUGCCCGUAAUAAGAUCAAGACUUUAGUAGACCACAUCAAUACUGUCAAAGAUGAACUUUAUAAGAAUAAAGACCUUGCUAGUAUGUCGGAAAAAUACUGGAGAAAUGUUGAAAAAGCCCGUAACUAUUUCGUAGAAGAGAUUGAAUCAAUUUUCCCCGGUUUAAAUUUGGCUGAGAAGAAAUUAUUGUUGUCUUCCGAAGAUCUAGAUUUGUUCAUCACCCAUGCCUAUUCACAUGUAUUGGCCCUUCAAAAGGAAUUACAACGCUUGCAAACAGAUGGAGAAUUGCGUUUGAAGCGAGCCAUUGAUGCUUUGCGCGGCGACAGCGAUUCUGAGGCCGUUAAGGCUCAACUGGAAUAUCUGUUAGAAGCAGAAAAGCGUAAAUUGGCCAUUGAAAAUCAAAAGAAGAUUCUACAAAUUCGUGCCGAUGCUGAGAGGCAAUUGCGCCAACAUUUAAAACAACAAGCUGAAGCACAUAUGGACCAUUUGAAAGAUGCCGUUAGCAUGAGGGAAAGUGAAUUAAAACGUAACUAUUCCAAGGAAUUGGAAGAUAAAUUGGCAACUGAAAAGGCUAAUUAUAAAUUGCAAUUGGCUGCUAUGCUUGGUAAAUUACGUGGCAUGGAUGCUGCUUUGCAAGAAAUUGAUGCUGAAUUAAGAGCUCGUGCCGAGUCGGAGCGUUCAGCACAUCAAGCCCAAGCUUUGUGGGCUGCCUGUCAAGCUUUAUGGUCAACAGUCAGGACUGGUGAACCCGGCGAAGAUUGGAAGAACAAAUUGCGUCCACUGAAGAAAGAAAUUAAGGCCAUAACCAAAGUUGCCGAGGGUGAUGAAUUAGUUGCUGUAGUUAUUCAAAAUCUACCAAAGGAAGCUCAAGAGCGCGGUGUAUUCCCGGAAGAUGCUUUGCGUGAACGUUUCUUAAAUGUUGAACGUGUAGCACGGAAAUUAGCUCUUGUCCCCGAGGAAGGAGCUAGUCUACCAAAAUAUAUGUUGUCUUACUUGCAAUCCUUAUUCAUUUUAACUCCUGAUGACCCCAUUUCUCAAGAUGAACUUCAAAACAAAAAAUUCGAUUAUAGCAAAUUGGACACUUAUGACAUUUUGAACAGAGCUAGGUAUUUCGUUGAUCGUGGCGAUUUAAUGAUGGCCCUGAAAUACAUGAACCUUUUGCAAGGUGCUCCACGUAAAAUCGCCAGCGAUUGGUUAAAGGAAACUCGUUUGCUACUGGAAACCCAACAAGCUGCCAAUACUCUGAUGGCUCAUGCUGCCGCCAGUGGUCUAUUGUAUUUGUAAAUUUUGUUUUAAUUUAAAUUCUAUAUUAUCAUUUAAAUAACUAAAUUAAAUUUCUAUAAAUGAUUGCAAUGUCUACAAGUUGAAAGCUUAAGCAUCUGUCAAAGUUGUAUUUUACUCGAUCACAAAUCAAAAACACAGUUAAUAUCAUUGAACCUUUGGUCAUUAAGUACAA